AUGGCAGCCAUUCUCCUGAGGACAAGGCCCAAGGUCCCAGUAUCAUUUGAGGACGUGGCAAUGUACUUCACAAAGACAGAAUGGAAGCUUCUGGAUCUCAAACAAAGAAUCCUCUACAAGCAGGUGAUGCUGGAGAACUAUGGCCAUUUAGUGUCAUUGGGAUUUGCCUUCUCCAAGCCUCGCCUGGUGUCCCAGCUGGAGCGAGGGGAGGGGCCUUGGGUAGCAGACUCCCUUAGAGGCCAAGCAGAGGCAGAAUCACAUGCAGGUGAGAGGAUAAAGAGAAAGACAGCCAUUUCAAAACAGAAAUAUUCUGGAAGAGGACGAGGCACCAAGAGAGUGUCUGCACAGAGAGGUCCCCAGGACUCUGUACACAAUCCGGUUCUAAGGCAACAGCUUUCCAAGGGAGUCGAGAAACGGUACCUGUGUCAACAGUGCGGGAAAUCCUUCAGCCGCAGCUCCAAUCUGAUCAAACACCGCAUCAUCCACAGUGGCGAGAAGCCCUUCGCCUGCAGCGAGUGCGGGAAGCUGUUCCGCCGCAGCUUCGCGCUGCUGGAGCACCAGCGCAUCCACAGCGGUGAGAAGCCGUAUGCGUGCGGCGAGUGCGGCAAGACCUUCACGCGCAGUUCCAACCUCAUCAAGCACCAGAUCAUCCACAGCGGCGAGAAGCCCUUCGCCUGCAGCGAGUGCGGGAAGCUGUUCCGGCGCAGCUUCGCGCUGCUGGAGCACCAGCGCAUCCACAGCGGCGAGCGGCCUUAUGCGUGCAGCGAGUGCGGCAAGGCGUUCAGCCGCAGCUCCAACCUCAUCGAGCACCAGCGCACCCACAGCGGCCAGAAGCCCUACACCUGCCCCGAGUGCGGCAAGGCCUUCAAGGGCGUCUCGCAGCUCAUUCACCACCAGCGCAGCCACAGUGGCGAGAAGCCCUUCGCGUGCCAGGAGUGUGGCAAGGCGUUCCGCGGCCGCUCUGGCCUCAGCCAGCACCGGCGCGUGCACAGCGGCGAGAAGCCCUAUGAGUGCAGCGAGUGCGGCAAGGCGUUUGGCCGCCGCGCCAACCUGUUCAAGCAUCAGGCGGUGCACGGUGGCAUACGGGCCUCCGAGCGCCGGGGCCGCGCCAAGGGGCUGAGGCGCGGCUGCAUGCUCCUUGAGCCGAGGCGUGGGCACCGAGGGCCGCGGCCCCAGGAGGGCGGCGAGAGCAGCUCGGCCGAGCCCCGGCGGAGCCGCAGCGGCCAGAAGCCACAUACGUGUGAGCACUGCGGCCAGGCCUUCGAGAGCAAGUCGCAGCUGAGUGGCCACAGGCACUCCCAUGGCGGCGAGAAGCCCCAGGCAGGCAGCCCACGGGCGGCGGCUUUCGAGGGGAAGUCACUCAUUGAGGGGAGCGAUGGCGGCCACGGGGCCAGCGUUCUGGGCUCUGGGAAGACCCAGAGCAAAGCCUCGCCCUGA